AUUACCAAUGACGAUGAUACGAGUCAAGAAAGGACCUUUAGGUUGCAUCGAGAUGCCACGGCAAAUCGAUCAUCGGGCAACCACGGACGAGAUCCCGGAUUGGGCUUCCUGUUCAAUAAUAAAUCAUGAUCAAGAGUCCAAGACACUGCCUGUGGGGGCCUCCUUUUCAAUGCCCCUUUUACACAACGGGUAGUCCCACUCGGCCUCGAGAAUGUCAGUCUGGACUUGGGGCCGUGCUCCAUAUCUCUGUCGAUACCAGAGUCCAGACAACGACUUCUCUAGAACAGAUCCCUUCCACCUCUGCGCCCUGCAACAUCCCCUCUAUAACCCUCACAUACUUCGGCACUCAUUUAAGCAUCUGCAACAUACGAGUGUGCUUCCUCGGCGCAAUAUCUAGACGACUGGGAUUUUUCGCAAGUCCAGGCAACUUUACAACUCUCGCAGUACCUUCUGCAUCCACGAGGACAUCAACCCUCAAAUGUCUACGUUGUAGCCGUAUUAUUCCCUCCAACUGCUCCGAUAUCGACUACCGAACAAGGACCAAAAGUCCCCUGAGUAUCCCCUUUCUAUCCAUGAGAGUACAACACCAGUCACCACAGACCAGAUGGGGCGCUUGACAUGUCUCCAAACUCCUGAGACUCUGCAUGACUCCGUAGUGGACAAUGCAAGAUCUCAUCUCUGCGCAGACACAACACCGCGUGCACUCAAACUGGACGUGGUAUAAUAUGAGGGAGAUUCCGGUGUCAAUAACGCGAAGCUCCUCGGAAUAGAAAUCCGAUGCAUAAACAAGAGGCAGUUGGCACCGCAGUGCACAAAGGC